CAGGCUAUAAGCAUGCUUUAGGAAAAGAGAAAAUCUGACGAAGAAAAUCGAGAUCUAGCUAUGUUGUGAUGCACACUCUCCUGAAAGAGAUGGCAGAUGAGACAUUUCAAAAUGUUUUGGAGGUAUACAAACAGAAGAAAGUUAUCAUUUCAAAAGCACAUUCCAUUGGUCAGUUUCGAUUGGGAGAAAUUGAGAAAGCUCUCUGUGGCAUUCAUGUCGUGGGUGAAGACAGAUGCUAUUCUAAGUGUUUGGAGCAUCUUGAGAAUAUACCAGACUUACCUGAUAUUGACGUCACUGAGGCAAGAAAAAUCUUCCUUCAUCAGUUUGUGGAAACUUCUAGGUCAAAUUUGUAUUUGUGUCAUCUUGGACAUAACCUGUAUGUGAAUGCCUUGGUGGAUAAAAACCAGGAGGUUCUGCAAAAACUCCACAGUGACUACCAUGUAGAUUUUUCUUUGUUUGAAAACCCUCUUCAUUUGGCAGUGGAGUGCCGUCUACUUCCUAUGAUGGGAUUUUUAGUGAACGAAAAGGGAAUGGAUGUGAAUUGUGUUGACAUCAAAGGUAACACACCACUGCAUCAUUUGAUGAAGUAUCGUCAGCAGGUUAUUUUAAUUUUCAGUUUUAAUUCUAGCAUGUCUGAUAAUGCGAGAUAUGACAACAGCUCAAGAACUGAAGUUCUGCAAUUUUUAAAGAACAAGGGUGCCAGACUAUCAGUUCGUAACCAACAAGGAAGAACACCUCUACAGUAUGCUAUUGUAGAUCAACACAUUACAGACAUUAAUGAGUUCAUUGAUACGUAUAGUGAUUUCAGCGAUUUCAAUCCUGAAACUCGUAUAGAAAUCUUGGAACUUGUAGCAGCAAAGCAGAUAUUCAGUGAUAAUGAGGAGGACUCUAUUGGAGGAGUAAAAACCUAUAAACUUGCUUUAGGUGAAAGAAGAAAACACAAUAUUCCAAAUACUAGGAAAAAGCCACCACAGGAACAUUUCUUUGAAGAUAUUGUAGAACCAGAUACAGAAAAUUCAGAGUUUUUGAACUUAAUCUGUGCUGCAGGAGAAAAGAGGAAACGACUCAUUCUUGGCCUUCUGAUUUAUGAAAGAAUUUUAGGAUGUAGACAUUUUUGUUUUCUGAAGGAAAGUUAUAGAUAUCUAUUGCAUUUAAAAUCAGGACUUUUUGACGGAAGUGUAUCUACUCAUCACAUUUUGCAGAGUUUGACAUAUUAUUUCAAUUUCUUGAAAAAUGAAAAGGUGUUUAAGGAACGUGAGAAAAGGCCCAGGGAUUGUUUUGAUCAUUUUGGUCAAGAACCGUUCAGUGUUGAAGAAGUGGCCGAUUUGCUAACAUUUUUUGACUUCGAAAGAAUCAAUUACCUGUUCACAAAAGAAGAACUUCUGGAUCUGUUGUUGUAUGUUUAUGUUUGUGUAUUCCAGAUAAAAAUUGAUCAGGAUGAAAUACCAAGUGAAAAAGACAGAGUACAUUUGUUUCAUUUUUUAGACAUUAUCUUAUCAAGGCCAUUAACAGAAAAAAAUGAAUUCACUUUGAGGAAGGCAUUGAAAACCCUCAUCAGUGCAGGGAAUGCUAGUAAGCGUGGACAAGUGGGAUUAAUACAUAGUAUCGUGGAUCCCAUGUUGACACUUAGGGGGGAAUAUUACGUGUAUGUCUUUAAUCAUGGUCCAGAAAUCUUGGAAAGGCUCUUAGAUUGCGGCGCGUCUAUUCAUGAAUUGGACGAACAAAACAUGAAUAUCCUCCAAUGUUUUUUUACAAAUAGCAUUGAAAACUUCAAUCAAGAGUCAUAUGAACUUUUUUCUGCAGAUGAAGUUGAAAAUUUCAACAAACAAUUAAGAGAAAUUGUAAACAUUGCUGUUGAAAGAGGUAUACAUGUAGAUCAAGGAUUUAAGAUUAGAGAAUUAGGGCAAACAGUUUUUAAAACUGUUUUGGAUCAAGCUGUGGGCACAGAAUUUUAUCCUAUUGUGAAUAAUCCCAAGUACAGAAGUCUGAAAUGUCUUGCAGCAUCUGUUAUUAUAAAGAAAGACAUUUCGUAUAGAAAUGAAGUUCCGACAGAGCUUAUUCAUUGGAUUGACUUUCACAUGGGAAAAAGAGAAUUUUAUAAUUAAAUUCAUUUCUUC